CACGAUCCCAUCCCUAUGUUACGCCCCUCUGUCGUGUCAAAUCAGGGGCAGUAAAUAAUUAGGUAUUUUAUCACAUCUAAAGCGUGAAAAGUUGCGCUAGACAUUCAAAAUGACGGAUUCUAAGUAUUUUACGACUACGAAGAAGGGAGAGAUUUUUGAGCUCAAAUCGGAGCUCAACAGUGACAAGAAGGAGAAAAAAAAGGAAGCUGUUAAGAAAGUCAUAGCAUCGAUGACAGUUGGCAAGGAUGUCUCGGCACUGUUCCCCGACGUAGUAAACUGCAUGCAGACAGACAACCUUGAGUUGAAGAAGCUGGUCUACCUGUACCUGAUGAAUUACGCCAAGUCUCAGCCCGAUAUGGCUAUCAUGGCCGUCAACACAUUUGUUAAGGACUGCGAAGACUCCAAUCCGUUGAUCCGGGCCCUGGCAGUGCGCACCAUGGGUUGUAUCAGGGUAGACAAGAUUACGGAGUAUCUCUGCGAGCCGCUGCGCAAGUGCUUGAAGGAUGAAGAUCCGUACGUCAGGAAGACUGCUGCCGUGUGCGUUGCUAAGCUGUACGAUAUCUCUUCUAGUAUGGUUGAGGAUCAGGGUUUUCUGGACCAGCUGAAGGACCUGCUGAGCGACUCCAACCCCAUGGUGGUCGCCAACGCGGUAGCUGCUCUCUCCGAAAUUAACGAGGCUAGUGUUUCUGGACAUCCUCUGGUUGAAAUGAACGCGCCGACGAUUAACAAGCUGCUUACAGCACUGAACGAAUGUACGGAGUGGGGUCAAGUGUUUAUUCUCGACGCGUUGUCCAACUACCAGCCGCGGGACGCGCGCGAGGCGCACUCCAUAUGCGAGCGCAUCACGCCGCGCCUCGCGCACGCUAACGCCGCUGUUGUACUCUCCGCUGUCAAAGUGCUGAUGAAGCUCAUGGAGAUGGUGUCCGGGGACGCGGAGCUGGUGAGCACGCUGUCCCGCAAGCUGGCGCCGCCGCUGGUGACGCUGCUGAGCGCGGAGCCCGAGGUGCAGUACGUGGCGCUGCGGAACAUCAACCUCGUCGUGCAGAAGAGGCCCGACAUACUCAAGCACGAGAUGAAGGUGUUCUUCGUGAAGUACAACGACCCGAUAUAUGUGAAGCUGGAGAAACUGGACAUCAUGAUCCGUCUGGCGUCGCAGGCGAACAUCGCGCAAGUGCUGGGGGAACUGAAGGAGUAUGCGACGGAGGUGGAUGUGGACUUCGUGAGGAAGGCCGUGAGGGCCAUCGGACGGUGCGCUAUUAAGGUUGAGCCAUCAGCGGAGCGCUGCGUGUCGACCCUCCUGGAGCUAAUCCAGACGAAAGUGAACUACGUGGUGCAGGAAGCCAUCGUGGUGAUCAAGGACAUCUUCCGCAAGUACCCCAACAAGUACGAGAGCAUCAUCAGCACGCUCUGCGAGAACCUCGACACCCUCGACGAGCCCGAGGCCCGGGCGUCUAUGGUGUGGAUAGUGGGAGAGUACGCAGAGCGUAUCGACAACGCGGACGAGCUGCUAGACUCGUUCCUGGAGGGAUUCCACGACGAGAAUGCUCAGGUGCAGCUGCAGCUGCUCACAGCUGUCGUCAAGCUGUUCCUGAAGCGGCCCGCGGACACGCAGGAGCUGGUACAACACGUGCUCUCGCUCGCCACGCAGGACUCGGACAACCCCGACCUGAGGGACCGAGGGUUCAUCUACUGGCGCCUGCUGUCGACGGACCCCGCGGCCGCCAAGGAGGUGGUGCUGGCGGACAAGCCGCUGAUCUCGGAGGAGACGGACCUGCUGGAGCCCACGUUGCUGGACGAGCUGAUCUGCCACAUCGCCUCGCUCGCCAGCGUCUACCACAAGCCGCCCACCGCCUUCGUCGAAGGUCGCGGUGCGGGCGUCCGCAAGUCGCUCCCGCUGCGCGGCGCGGCCGCGGCCGACGACCCCGCGCCGCCCGCCGUCAUACCCAACCAGGAGUCCCUGAUCGGCGACCUGCUGUCGAUGGACAUCGGCGCUCCGGCCGCCGCGGCCGCCCCCCCGCCGCCCUCGCUCGACCUGCUGGCCGGCGGGCUGGACGUGCUCCUGGGCGGAGGCCCCGAGCCGGCUGCGGGCGCCACAGGGCUGCUGGGCGACAUCUUCGGAGCCCCCGCGCCCGCCUGCUACGUGCCGCCGCGACAGUGCUGGCUGCCCGCUGACAAGGGGAAAGGGUUGGAGAUUUGGGGCACGUUCACUCGACAGAACGGGCAGCCGCGGAUGGACAUGACGUUCACCAACAAAGCCAUGCAGGCCAUGAGCGGGUUCGCCAUACAACUCAACAAAAACAGCUUCGGCGUGUUCCCCCUGGGCGGGCUGUCGGUGGGCGCGCUGGCGGCGGGCGCCUCGGCCGAGGCCACGCUGCAGCUGGCCACCACGGGGCCCGUGCAGCGCAUGGACCCGCUCAACAACCUGCAGGUGGCGAUCAAGAACAACGUGGACGUAUUUUACUUCGCGUGCCUCAUCCCGGCGCACAUCCUGUUCACCGAGGACGGACAACUGGACAAACGCGUGUUCCUUACCACCUGGAAGGAGAUACCGGCUGCCAACGAGGUCCAGCACACGCUCUCGAACGUCCUCGGCAACGCAGACACCAUCGCGCACAAGAUGACACUAAACAACAUCUUCACAAUCGCCAAGCGAAACGUCGAAGGACAAGACAUGCUAUACCAGUCCCUAAAACUCACAAACAACAUCUGGGUACUUCUAGAACUUAAACUGCAGCCUGGUAACCCUGAAGCGACCUUAAGCUUGAAGUCGCGCACUGUUGAAGUCGCCACUUGUAUAUUCCAAGCCUACGAAGCCAUCAUCAAGUCGUAAUCUCUUAAUGGCCUCUUAGAUAUGUAUAUUGUUGGGCUAAGAUAUUCAAAGUAUUUAAAGUAAGAUUUAAUUAUAAAAGACUUGAAUGUAUAUUCCAGUAUGAAUGUAUAGGGAUGUAUGGUUAGCGCAUAGCAUGCUGUAUAUUUGUUUGUCGAACAAUACGAUAAAUAACAUGCAAAAUAGGAACUUUGCCUUUGAAACGGUGUCGAUUCAAGGAACCACCAUCUUAACUUGAUUUGACAGGACAAAUUAGCUGCGUUUCUUUCUUGCAUGUAUUGUAAGUAAAGGAGAGCAAUAAUUUAAGACCUGUCAAAGUAAAAUUAGGUUAUAAAUACGAGACUAAACAAUAGGCUAGUUUCAAACUAGUCAAACCAGUUAUUUUUUACUAAACAUCAAAACACGAAAUUACUAUGGAAUUUGUAUGAAAAAGCAACCUGUGACGUCAUAGAAAAACGUGACAAAAUGUCGCACUUAUUAUUAAAUUUUUCUUUAUAAUUCUAGAAAAAAAUAUUUUUUAUUAUUGAAAAAAGAAAACUUUAUUUUUAUAAUUUUAGAUCUGUCUUUAUUUGGUAAUCAGAAUUUCAUAAUUUAUCUUUCACCUAGGAAACUACCCAAUAAUAGACUAUAAACAUUGACAAAUAAAAAAUAAUCGUCAGUAGAAAGAUUGGAGGUACUUUCAUCAUUCCUAUUUUAGACAGAACGUAAGCUCAAAUGGUAGAAGUUUAUUUAUCUCUUAGAAGAUUUCUUUCAAAAGCAAUUGAAGUAUCAAACAAAUCUAUAGCAUGUUACAACUAUAAAGGUAAAGUGAAGUUGUUUCCAAAUGCUCGAUAGCCAGCAUUUGUAUAGCCGGACCUUGUUUAUGAAGUUAAAUAAAUUAUGUUAAUAUUGA